UCGUAGGCUGCGAGGAGCGGGGCCUAUGCGCGAACGACUUGUUCGUCCUCGAUCCGGCAGAGGUGACAGCUGCCCGAUCGAAGAUGGUGCCGGCCGUCUCCUGCGCCCGAACGUGCACCAUGGCCGCACAUAAAGCUUGGCCGCCCCCACUGGCCUCCCUCGUCGGUGUUUCCUGCCCCUGCCACCGCCCCCCGGUCCUCCGGCAAGACUUCGCCUCGUAUACCCCUUCGUUCUCCGGUCGAUUCUAUUGACACCACCCUCACUUGGUGACCAUGUACGCGUGGAUUUCCGUCGUUACCGCCGCGCUCGCACAUGGUGUGUCCGCUUCAACACCAGGACAGCCCUUGGUGUCGGACGCCCCCCUCGGUCAUUUCCAGAUCGUCGGCGAUAGUAUUGCAAGUGCACAGCAGAUGUUCCUCGGUACACAAGACAAGGUAUAUAUCGUCGACAAGACCGAGCGCAACCCUACACAGAUUAAUGGUCACCCGGCAUGGGCAGCGGAGUAUUCCGUGAGCGAAAACCACGGGCGGCCUAUGGACGUUGUCACCAACUCCUUUUGUGCCGGAGGUAGCGUACUGGGCAACGGCACAUGGGUCAACGUCGGUGGAAACCAGGCGGUCACUUACGGCGGUCUGGCGGCCGACAGCCAAACAGGCGGUCUGCCGUACGACGAUCCCGAUGGCGGUCAUUCUGUUCGUCUGCUUAAUCCCUGUGACGAUGAAGCGUGCGAUUGGGUCAUGGACACGCCUAUGACAACCCGGAGGUGGUACCCUUCUCUGGAGACACUAGAGGACGGCUCGAUCAUCAUUAUUGGCGGCUGCGACUAUGGAGGCUUCGUGAACGACGCCGGACAGACGAACCCCACCUACGAGUUCUUCCCGUACAAUCCCGCAGUCGGGCUUACGACCUCGCCCCUGCUCGUGAACACGCUCCCCGCGAACCUUUACCCGCUCACAUGGCUGCUCCCCUCAGGCAAUCUGCUCAUGCAGUCGAACUGGGGCACGGCCAUUUUGAACCACAGGACGCGCACGGAGACGCAGAUCAGUGCGAUGCCCCAUGCCGUGAGGGUGUACCCGGCCAGCGCGGGUACCGCGAUGCUGCCGCUGACCCCGGCGAAUAAUUACACGGCGACCAUCUUGUUCUGUGGAGGGUCGAACAUCCAGUCUGAUCAAUGGGUUACGACCUGGGACAUCGCGCAAUACCCCGCGUCGGACUCGUGCGUGACGAUUACCCCCGACGUUUCGACCAACUACGUCGAGGACGACCCGUUGCCCGAGGUCCGGUCCAUGGGCAACCUCAUCUACCUGCCGAACGGGAAGCUUCUCUGCCUGAACGGCGCGGGCACCGGCGUCGCGGGCUACGGAAACGUCACAUGGGCUAUUGACCAGUCGUUUGCUGACCACCCCGUCCUCAACCCGAUUAUCUAUGACCCUUCGGCGAGAGCGGGGCAGAAGUGGUCUCGAGAGGGGCUCUCCGAGUCCACCAUCCCACGCAUGUACCACUCCAGUGCAACCCUCCUCCCUGACGGAUCCGUGAUGGUCGCCGGCUCGAACCCCAACGCGGACUACAACGUCGCGGCGGACGUUCCGUACAAGACGGAGUACCGCGUCGAGAAGUUCUACCCGCUCUACUACAACGAGCGCCGGCCAGAGCCGCAGGGCCUGCCGAGCCAGCUCUCGUACGGUGGGCCGUACUUCAACGUGUCUCUCUCGGCGCAGGACCUCGGCGGCAAUGUGAGUGCGGUGGAGAGCACGACCGUGAUCGUGAUUCGGACGGGCUUCUCGACGCAUACGAUGAACAUGGGCCAGCGGUACGUCCAGCUCGAGUCGACGUAUACGGGUAAUUCGGACGGUUCCGCCACUCUGCACGUCAGCCAGCUUCCGCCGAACGCGGCCGUUCUCGCUCCUGGGCCUGCGCUGUUGUUCGUCGUCGUCAACGGCGUCCCGUCCGUGGGCGUGCAGAUCAUGGUCGGCAGCGGUAGAAUCGAGACGCAGCCGACCAGGGCGAACGUUGCCCUCCCGUCGUCUGCCAUCGCCAAGCAAAACUCGACGUCCUCGGCUUCGGGGUCGCAGACAACGGGGAGCUCGAAAUCGAGCUCAGCCGUACAGACCGUCGGGUUCGGCGUGAAUACGUUCGGGUUGCUGUUCAUGGUGCUCGUUGCUCUCAUGUUUUGAUUUGUUGGACUUUGUUGAAGCGGAUUGGGACGGAUACUAUACAUAUCAAGCAUAGCAUAUUGCCUUCUUUUUUGUCGGACAUCAUGGACUAGCAUCGCCUGUCGCAGCAUCUUGAUUAGACUACUUUACGUGUCGUCAAAUCACAUCACGGAUACACUGAAUCCCUCAAGGCCUCAUCGGUCGUAGAUGUCGUCUGAUGCAAGAUACAGUCCGAACUUGAAUAAUAUU